CACAACCAGAGGCGCGACGUGGAAUAAGAGGGACGAAACAAAGAAAGAGGCGUGUUUUCUUUAAGAAGGGUGUGCUUCUCCUCCAGUAUGGCGUGUAUUAAACGUUUCAGACUGCUUCAGUGUUUGGUUGCACAUGUCUGCUGACACUCACACGAAGUGGACCGGUAGGGUUUUAAUCAGGUGUGGUGAGAUGCAGCGCGUCAGCAGGUUUGCCCAGCAGCUGUGGGAAAGAUGGCUGACCUUCUUGAACCACCUUCAAGAUGAUCCCAAGGUAGCGCAGCUGAUGAGGACGCGGUUCGGGCAGUACCUCAGCGCCCGUCCUUUCUUAGCUCUCACCGUGCUGCUGUUCAGCGCCAUGGCUGCUCUGCCUGUUGGCCUCUUCCUCAUGUUCGCCAUCGUAACUGUUGUUAUAUCGGUAGUAGGAUUUGUUUUCUUCGAGGUGUUCCUGCUGUUUGUUGGAGGGGUGACGCUGCUGUCUGUGCUCGCUGGCAUCGCCCUCUUCUCUCUGCUGGUCUCGGUCGUCGUGAACGCGUUGCUUUUUGCCAUCCCUAACUUGCUGAAGCGUCCACACCAAACGAAGGAGAAGCAGAGAGGGGAUGAAACCGCAACACCAGAGGAGGCGCAGUGAAUUCCUCCGUCCUUUGAUACGAGUUUUUGAGUUGACGUCAGAGAAGCUGCCGGGAUCUGAAGAUCAGAUGUGAAUGUGGUUCUUUGAGAGAUCUGUCGUCGUAACAGAUUUAUUAAGCACAAAAACUCUCAAAUGUUUGUGCAGUUUCAGUAUGAGCUGAGCUUUUAUUGUCUGUAUGUUGUGCAGUAUUUUUUUAUGUAUUUAUGCCAAGAUGAUGAUUUUAUCGUUUCGUCUGACUAAGCUGUCAGAAAAUUGUUUUUG